AAAAUUUCAGCAGAGAGAAAUAGAGAAAGCAGUGUGUGUGCAUGUGUGUGCGAGAGAGAGGGAGAGGAGCGAGAGGGAGAGAGAGAGGGAGAGGACAGGGAGAGGGAGAAAGGGAGGGAAGCAGAGUCAAGUCCAAGGGAAUGAGCGAGAGAGGCGAGAUACAGGGGAAGAAGAUGCGGACGAAGGAAUAACGCUUUCCGGAGACUGCUGCAGUGUACUGGCUCCUAUUUUCUUUUCCUUUUGAUUUUUUUUUUUUUUUUAAAGAAGCAGGGGACAGAAGCCAUGGCCGAGGCAGAAGACAAGCUGAGAUGCUGGUGACCGUGGCGUUCAAGUGGAUUAUUGGGGCUCUUCUCCAGAGGCCUGUCCUCCCUGCCUUCCAGUUGUACAUAACCCCACAUCCCAGCCAAUGAAGACGAGAGGCAGCGUGAACAAAGUCAUUUAGAACCCCCCACAGGAAGUGUAAACAAAAGGGAAAGCAUGAAUGGACUGCCAGAGGGACAAGUGUGUCCUGCACUGCCCACACCUUUAGCUGGGCCAGCAGCUGCCCGGCCCUGCCUCUCCCCACCUACGACUCACUGGUGAUCUGACUUUUUUUAAAAAAAAAAAUUUUUUUUUUCCUUUUCCAUUCUCUUUGCUUAUAUUCUCCUUCAGGACAAGGCAAAGAUUUUGAUUUUGGACCUAGCCAUGGUCCUUCUGUGCCUUCUUUAAAAUACCCACUUUCUCCCCAACGCCAAGUGGCCUUUGGCAAUAUCAGAUAUCCGCUCUAUUUAUUUUUACCUAAGGAAAAACUCCAGCUCCCUUCCCACUCCCAGCUGCCUUGCCACCCCUCCCAGCCCUCUGCUUGCCCUCCACCUGGCCUGCUGGGAAUCAGAGCCCAGCAAAACCUGUUUAGACACAUGGACAAGAACCCCAGCACUGUACAGCACACAGUCGGCUUCUUCGUCCUCAGGGUUGCCAGCGCUUCCUGGAAGUCCUGAAGCUCUCGAAGUGCAGUGAGUUCAUGCACCCUCUUGCCAAGCCUCAGUCUUUGGGAUCUGGGGAGGCCGCCUGGUUUUCCUCCCUCUUUCUGCACGUCUUCUGGGGUCUCCUCCUCACCAGGCCUCAGCACCCCCCUGGCCUCUCUCCCAGGCUCGCACAUGAAGAUGCACUUGCAAAGGACUCUGGUGGUCCUGGCCCUGCUGAACUUUGCCACGGUGAGCCUCUCUCUGUCCACUUGCACCACCUUGGACUUCGGCCACAUUAAGAAGAAGAGGGUGGAAGCCAUUAGGGGACAGAUCUUGAGCAAGCUGAGGCUUACCAGCCCCCCUGAACCAUCGGUGAUGACCCACGUCCCCUAUCAGGUCCUGGCGCUCUACAAUAGCACCCGGGAGUUGCUGGAGGAGAUGCACGGGGAGAGGGAGGAAGGCUGCGCUCAGGAAAACACUGAGUCGGAGUACUAUGCUAAAGAAAUCCAUAAAUUCGACAUGAUCCAAGGGCUGGCAGAGCACAAUGAGUUGGCUGUCUGCCCCAAAGGAAUUACCUCCAAGGUUUUCCGCUUCAACGUGUCCUCAGUGGAGAAAAAUGGAACCAACCUGUUCCGGGCAGAGUUCCGGGUCUUGCGGGUGCCCAAUCCCAGCUCCAAGCGCACCGAGCAAAGAAUUGAGCUCUUCCAGAUACUUCGACCAGAUGAGCACAUUGCCAAACAGCGCUACAUUGGUGGCAAGAAUCUGCCCACGAGGGGCACUGCUGAGUGGCUGUCUUUUGACGUCACUGACACUGUGCGUGAAUGGCUGUUACGAAGAGAGUCCAACUUAGGUCUGGAAAUCAGCAUUCACUGUCCAUGUCACACCUUUCAGCCCAACGGGGACAUCCUGGAAAAUGUUCACGAGGUGAUGGAAAUCAAAUUCAAAGGGGUAGAAAAUGAGGAUGACCAUGGCCGUGGAGACCUGGGGCGCCUCAAGAAGCAGAAGGAUCACCACAACCCUCACCUGAUCCUCAUGAUGAUUCCACCGCACCGGCUUGACAACCCAGGCCAGGGGGGGCAGAGGAAGAAGCGGGCCCUGGACACCAACUACUGCUUCCGCAACUUGGAGGAGAACUGCUGUGUGCGUCCCCUCUACAUUGACUUCCGACAGGAUCUGGGCUGGAAAUGGGUCCACGAACCUAAGGGUUACUAUGCGAACUUCUGCUCUGGCCCUUGCCCAUACCUCCGCAGCGCAGACACAACCCACAGUACGGUGCUGGGACUGUACAACACCCUGAACCCAGAAGCGUCUGCCUCACCUUGCUGUGUGCCCCAGGACUUGGAGCCUCUGACCAUUCUGUACUAUGUUGGGAGGACCCCCAAAGUGGAACAGCUCUCCAACAUGGUGGUGAAGUCUUGUAAGUGCAGCUGAAGCCUUGUCUGCAGCAGAGGAGGGAGAACUGCCACUGCCGACUGCCCGUUUCUCGGGAAACCAAAGCGACAGACCUCACCUAGAAGCCUGGAGCCUACAACCUCAGCUCCCGGCAAACGGCUGAGAUGGAGGCUUCCUUCUGGAACAUUUCUUUCUUGCUGGCUCUGAGAAUCACUGUGGUAAAGAAAGUGUGGGUUGGUGAGGGGAAGGUGAACUCUUGAGGAUACAGAAUUUCUGUGGCACUGACAGGAGAUGGGGUAGAGGAAGAGGGAUAACAGAUGGACAUAUUGUGUGACAAUGGGACUUGGGCUACCCUAGGGAAGAGGAAGGACAGAGAAUGGCUGGGUUGGGGAGAGACUGGAAGACAUUUUGGAUCUGAGGUCAGCUUUGCUCAUUGAAGUGCCACAACAUGCUCUAGGGAAUCGGGGUGACGUUAUAGGAGGCAAACCUUUUUCUUUAGACAGGUUCCCAAGACCAAGUCCCAGAACUGUAUCUUGCAUUACCUGGGAUUAAGGAACAAUCUGUUAUUUUGUAAACUGUCCUCUCUACAUCAGUCAGCAUCACGGCUCAUUAUAGGUAGUGCAAUGAGUUCCCAGUCCAGAAACUAUAUUGAGCCCAUGAAGAUGCUCAACUCAAGAAGCAAAGAGUGGGCAUUAGCUCUCUCCUGUCUGCUCUCUGGGCCCCUCCUCUUGCGUUCUUCCUUGGUCUCACUUUCCCUUGGACAUUGGCUAGGCACCUUCCAGGUCAGGGUGUACAUAUCUGGAUUCUGAGUCCAUGCAGCCUGGAACGUCAGGGGUUUCUCCCCUCCAGCCCCCUAAGACCCUGGGUUCUUUUGGUAUUCCUGGAAGCUGGUGCUACAAUCUGUCAGGCAUUGGGGAGGCUGCAGGUGUACCACACAGUGACUUGCCCCCAGACACACAGACUGAGGUAUAGACAAAUACAAAUAUUACUCUCAAAAUCUUUGUAUAAAUAAAUACUUUUGGGGAAUCAUGGAUUAUUUCAUCUUCUGGAAGAUUGUUUCUAGAACAGUAAAAGCCUUAUCCUAAGGUCUAUGUCUGACUUCAUAAAGAGUCUUAUUACCCU